ACAUUCCUCGCUUAUCUGUGGCAACGAUCAGCACGAAAACCCUAAAAACGAAUACAAACAUGAAGGUCCAAAUUUCUUUGUUCUUCGCAGUAAUGUUCUUUGUGUCAGUAUAUUGUCAGUCUGAGGAUACACCUCAGGUUUACUGUGGUAGGCGACUUGCUCAAACUAUGGCUGUGCUGUGUUAUCAGACCAAAUAUGACAAGAGAUCAGACUACAACUCCAUCCAUCUCGGCUACGAGCCAGAGUUCAGCUGGCCCUGGCUAUCCCGAAGCCUGGAGCGGCACACGGACCGGGGCAUGGCCAGAGACAUGGGCCGAGGCAAGAGAGGCAUCAUCGAGGAGUGCUGCCAGAACUCGUGCUCCAUUCCAACACUGAUGAGUUACUGCUAAUUUCACGGACUGACGGCAAUGGUUUUAUGAAUAUGGUUUUUGAGUAGUGUUUAGAGCUUUAGGUUAAUUAUG